AUGACGAGCCUGACGGACUUCAAGGAGUGGAACUGUAGCCAUGGCUCGCUGGUGGACUCCGGCAUGGAUGUCGAUAACGAAGAUGGAGAUCAACAGGAGGCUGCCAAACAUGGUUUAGCCAAGAGGGAUUCCACUCAUGUGCUUGUUUCCAUGCUUGUGGAAGACUUUCAACACGGAUUCAUGCAACAUGCCUCAGUCAUUUCUGAAUCUUCCUCCUACCAUGCAAUGCAAGUUGUGGAAUCCUUGGAUGCAAUGUCAACUUCCAUUACAAGUUUUACGACGUUCACGGGAGAGAAGCUGGGCUACCAGUGGCCUUGCACAACUAUCCCAGACUUUGAAAAGAGAGCUCUCAGGGUUCGCAAAUCAGCCUAUCUCGAGAUGAUUGGAUUUUCCCCGGUCGUAGGAAGCCAACAUGUUGAGAAAUGGGAGGGAUACAGUGCUUCCCCAAACAACACUGGUUGGUUGAAAGAAGGCACAGAGAGCGCUCCUGGGAACAUCCCCCCUCAAAUCUAUGAUGCCACAGGCACUGCUGAUCAUUCAUCACACACCAUCCCAUUUCUACCAGCAUGGCAAAUGUCACCCCUUCCCAGUGAUGCAUCCUUGAUCAACUUCGACCUGCUAUCUGAAGGUUUAUACCGUGAGACCUUUCAGGAGAUGCAAACAAACAAACAUGCAACCAUAUCGAAAGCCUUCUGGGAUAGUUUUACGGUUCACAAGUACUUUGAACAUGGUAGCGAAGGUGAAGAUGAUGGUCACGGCCAUCAUGCCAGCCAUGAUGAUGCAAAGUCGGUACUACCUUCCCCGCCCUCUUCCCAUGAUAACCAAGGGGCCGACAAUGGCGACGACCACCAGGAUGGCGACGACCACCAGGGGCACGAGAUGAACCAUGUGGAUGAACAUCAUCAUGAACAUAGAAGGCUGAAUGAAACUAUCAGCCACGAUGAUCAUUCUCAUGAUGAUCAUGACACGGACAGCAAUGACCAUAAUGGCGUGAUGACCGAAACCUCUUCUCUCCCCAACCUCUCUUGGGCAAUGGCUCGACCACAUUCCCUUGUCAUGGCUCCAAUCUAUGACUCAUUUGACAAGAACAACAGAAUCUUAGUUGGUGCCUUUCAUGGUAUCCUGGCAUGGGAGUUCUACCUAACCGACCUUCUGCCACCAGGAGUUACUGGGAUUAUAGUUGUCCUCCAAAAUACAUGCGAGCAGUCCACUUCCUUUGAACUAAUAGGACCUCAUGCUGAGUUCCUUGGUGACGGGGAUUUGCACGACCCAGAGUUUUCGGACAUGGUCCAAGUGGUGGAUUUUGGAUCUAUCUUUCUACCAGAGCAAGGAUCUGCCGUGGCCAACCAGUGCCUCUACAGUCUAGCCAUUUACCCUUCCAAGGCUUUUGAAGAAACCUACUCUUCCAACAGCACAGCACAGUUUGUGGGGCUUCUUGCUGGCAUCUUUGCAGCCUUGGGUGCCUUCUUCUUCGUCUUUGUUUGGUUUGUUCAGAGACGACAGCAAAAGGUCAUGACAGUUGCUACCAGGACUACUGCUAUUGUGUCACAGCUGUUCCCUGAUGCCGUGCGUGAUCGGAUUAUGGAGCAAGCUGAGUCACAGGCUCAGAGAGAAAUGGAGGCAGGAAGGAAUGGAAGCUCUGUUGAUGAUAGGUCCAAUUUGAAAAGUCUUUUGAACUCAGGUGCUAAGGACUAUGGCACACCUGGCACUACACAGAUGGCCACUGUAACUGCUGAUUCAGCAACCACAAGGAAAGGGCAGCUUGCUGGUGGGAUCAAGAUCUUGGAGGAUGCUCCCAUUGCUGAUCACUACCCUGAAACAACUGUCUUCUUUGGUGAUCUAGUGGGCUUUACCAAGUGGAGUGGCAGUCGCACUCCACAUGAUGUGUUUGUCCUUUUGGAGACUUUGUAUGGUGAAUUUGAUGUAAUUGCUAGGAGGAGAUGUGUCUUCAAAGUGGAAACAGUGGGGGACUGUUAUGUUGGUGUGGUGGGCCUACCCAAGCCCAGAAGAGACCAUGCUGUGGUUGCAACUCGCUUUGCUUGGGAUUGCCUGAGAAAAAGCAGCUUAGUAUUCAAUGCAUUGGCAGAAACGUUGGGUCCAGAUACCAGAGAUCUGGUUGUGAGGAUUGGGUUGCAUUCAGGUCCAGUCACUGCUGGGGUUCUUCGUGGAGAGAAAGGCCGGUUCCAGUUGUUUGGAGAUACAGUCAAUACUGCAUCUAGAAUGGAAAGCAAUGGGCGGCCAGGGUCGAUCCAAUGCUCCCACGACACUUGUCAGCUGCUUGUCAAAGCUGGCAAGUCUGAUUGGACCACAAAGCGCUCCAACAAGGUUGUGGCCAAAGGCAAGGGCGAAAUGACAACCUAUUGGCUGACAGUCAAGAACUUAAGUGGUAGCCACCACAGUGGUGCCACAGGACAAUCCUCUGAGCUCACAACAAGCACCUCUGAUGAGCUACCUGUACCGGUGCCAUGUUUGCUACCAGAUGAAAAUGGCAGCAUGAGAAUAGUCGAGUGUUAG